AUUAGCUUAUAUGAUUUACAAGUGUCAAAAAAAAAAAAAAAUUCCUCAUUUAAAUUUGUGGUAGUUAUAUUGCUAUCCUUAUUUUGGUGUAGUCUACUAUUUUACUAAUUCAAACUUUUCUAUAUAUUACCAACCCAAAUUUAUAAAUAUAACUUGGUUGUUAUUUACUAAUAAUUACAUUUUCUUUCCUUAUAAAUAAGAAUUAUUUGUAUCACUUAUUGUACAAAUAAGAAAAGAAAAAAAGCUUCUAAAUUAUUUAUCAUCACCAUCUUUACCAACUUUCUAAAAAUAAUGUGGUCUUUGAAAAUGUCUUUAAACCAUAACUCCUGUAUAAAAGUUUUGUUGAUGGGAGAAAUAUUUAUGGUAAUGAUGACAUUGAUGAUUGCUAGUGCAUCUUCCAAUGACUUCCUCGAUACCCACAAUGCCAUUCGAGCAGAGGUGGGUGUUGGGCCAAUGACCUGGAAUAACACUUUAGUUGCUUAUGCGAGCAAUUAUGCAAACAAAAUGAAAGGUAAGAAUUGCGAACUCGAGCACUCUCAAGGAAUUUACGGUGAAAAUUUAGCUGCAGGUUAUGGAGAAAUGACAGGUGAGCAGGCUGUGAAGUUUUGGGCCACCGAGAAGACCAUGUAUGACUACACCUCCAACACAUGCACAGAAGAAGAUGCGUGUGGUCAUUACCUACAGGUGGUGUGGCGUGACUCCAUUCGCCUUGGCUGUGCCACCACCAAGUGUAGCAACAAUGGAUUGGUGUUUGUUAUUUGUAGUUAUGACCCCCCAGGAAAUUAUAUAGGGAUGCGACCCUAUUAAUAUAUAAAUAUAUGCUUACUAUAUAUAUAUAUAUUUAAUUUUUAAUAUCUUUCUUGUGAAUUCAAGAAGUUAUAAAACUUCUUUAAUUUUUGAUAUUUUGGGUCUAAUAUCAAGUGAGCCCAUAGUUCAAAUAUUUUUUCAAUAAAUUUAUAAUAUGUUGAUUUUUUUUACCAUCUUUAAGGAGAGAUGUAAAAAUUGAUUUAUAUUUAGUACAAAUAAUGGUUUUAUGA